UUUGCAUGCAGUGACAAGUGAAAUCGGUGAAACUGAAACCUUUUUUGAUAAAUAUUAAAGAAAUCCUUUAAAAUGUCCUUUUUUGGUGUAGGAAAUCCAUUUUCUACGCCGGUAGGCCAGAAGAUAGAACAAGCCACAGAUGGCUCUCUUCCAUCAGAAAACUGGGCUCUAAACAUGGAAAUAUGUGAUAUCAUAAACAGCACCGCAGACGGGCCUAAGGAUGCCAUAAAAGCUAUUCGGAAAAGACUGACGCAGAGUGCGGGCAAGAACUACACGGUGGUGAUGUACACACUGACGGUUCUGGAGACUUGUGUCAAGAAUUGUGGCAAAUCCUUCCAUGUGUUGGUGUGCAAUAAGGAGUUUAUCUCAGAAUUGGUAAAACUGAUUGGGCCUAAGAACGAUCCGCCGACUGUGGUUCAAGAAAAAGUGCUGAGCCUGAUCCAAUGCUGGGCUGAUGCCUUCUCGAGCCAGCCUGAACUGCAGGGUGUUGGGCAAGUGUACAAUGAGCUUCGUACGAAAGGAGUGGAGUUCCCGAUGACCGAUUUGGACGCAAUGGCGCCUAUAUUCACGCCACAGAGGAGCGUACCGGAUGGUGGAGAUAUUCCAGUGGGCUCGCCAGCUCGCAAUCCACCCCAGCUAUCGCCAAGCCACGUGCCCGGCGAAAUACCACCGGCCACUGUGACACUUUCAGAAAGCCAAACAGCUAAACUUCGCGGGGACCUGGCUGUCGUAGAAGGCAAUAUGGCGGUCAUGUCCGACAUGUUGAACGAGCUGACCGCACAACCCCCCGCCGCCACGCAUCAGAGCGACAUCGACCUGCUUAAUGAACUUGCCGACACACUCCGUGCCAUGCAAACCCGCGUGGCCGAAUUAGUGGCACGACUCGGCGAGUCGCCCCUUACUGGCGCCCUUCUGCACGCGAACGACCAACUGAAUAAUCUACUGUUACGCCAUGCUCGCCUCCUUAAUAAUAGAAAUGCAGCCACCGGUGGUGCUACUCCUUCUGCAAUAUUGGGGGCGGCCAUGGGCGUGCCUUCAGCUGAUACUCCAAAGAAAAACGACGAUGAUGCGCUUAUUGACCUGAGUGACGAUGUACCUGAUAUUACCAAGCUAACCGUAAAGGACGCGCAACCCGACAAGUCUCCCGCGAGCUCGAAGGACGAGUUCGACAUGUUCGCACAAUCCCGCAACGUCUCCUACGACAACAACAAGACCGGAAGCAGUUACGCCGCCAACCUAGAGGAGCAGACGACUGGCGGUCUCGCCUCCGCCGCCAACCAGCGCGCCACACAAGGACAACCUGCGCCCACUGAAAUGGACCAAAGAGAGAUUGACGAAAUCGCUGCUUGGCUGGCCCAAGAAAAGGCUGCAUCAGAAGCCAACGGCGCCACCGAGAGCGUGACCAGCAGCGACUUCGACAAGUUCCUCGCCUCCCGCGCCGCCGCCGCCGACAGCCUCCCCCCCGCCCCCGCCAGCACCAACCCCCCCACUACUACCAGCACCACCACCACCCCCCGCCACCGCCAGAUCAACAAGGACGACCAGGACUCCAUGUUCGCGCUCUGAUGUACUGUGCGGUAGAUUGGAUAACAUGGUACGGGGUUGAGAGAGAAAAAUAUAUUGUCACGCCGUUCCCCCCGCUACCACUAAACCCCACAACACACUAGUUUUACUAUCCACCCGCCACAGCCACAUCAACAAAGACUGCUCUGUGAUGAUAUGGGGUCGUUGAAAUUAGAGACAAUCUGAAAACUGCACCCAUAAAACAUUGUAGGCAAUAUUGUUGUCCCUCACCCCCCGCCACCGCCAGAUCAACAAAGACGACAAGGAGUCCAUAUUUGCGCUCUGAUACCGUGACGACGGUCACAUGGUACGGGGUGCCGAAAACAACUGCACUGGUAUUCUCGUAUUAUCACCUGAAAUAUUCAUAAUAAGCCCAAAACUUGUACCAUGUAAAUUCGUUGUAGCUGCAACGGUUGUUUUUAGAUGGUAAGGUGCAAAGUACGGUCGAUGAAUGCAGAAAAUAUCGUACGUUGACCCUCUAUACAGGGUAACCAGAACUGCCAAAACAAGUGAACAAAAACUUUUUUAUAUUCAUAUGUGAAAUUAACUGUUCUUUAAAUAUUAAAAUGCUACUUCAUUUUCGUUUUUAUAUAUUUUUUCUUUUGCGGUUUUGUAACGACGCGACGGCUAAUGGCUACUAGACUCAUAUCGAAUUUGGUACAAUAAAUGAUUAUCUUCUGUAGUAUUCGACAUAAAAUAUCAAUAUUUAUAGAUUUUGGGUAUUAAAAGUGUAUGAUGACUACGUAUUUUCGAUUAAAAAUGUGUAUUAUGCGGGUUAUGUGUAUUAUCAGCGAUGUAGUGACGUCAUCGAAUUCGAACUUACUUCAUGUCAAAACAAUCACUGCCAUAAUUAACUUUAUGCCUUAUACUUAAAAGUCAGAAAAUGUUAUUUUCGAAUAUAAUGACCUGAUGCACAGGUAAUCUAUAGAUUAACAUGACUGUGUUGUUUUCGCAUAAUUACGUAAAAGUAUACUUUAAAAAUAUUUUUUUCUGUUUUUAGGUCAUAAUAAAAUAUGAUAAUAUUUUAUUUCGGUUAAUUGGACAGUACUUAAUCAUUUAAGACAAACUUUAAAAAAGGGUCAAGUAGCCUAUUGUCUACAUAAUCUAGUAGUAGUACAGAAACAUAGGCACUUUAUUGAAUAUUUAUAUCUUGACAUUUGGAGACUGAUUUAAAAGAAAAACCCUGUAUAGUGGCGUCUCUAUAGCCGAUUUCGUAUUCAUAUUCUGGUUUCUAUACCGAUUUAGGUUUCGUAUUUACGUUUGGUAACCAUACUUUACACCAAGAUUUCGCGUCUAAAAACACAUCGUUGUAACUUAGUGGUAGUGCCACGUCGAAAACCGAGUAAUAAAUAGGUGUUAGACGUUUCUUGUUAUUUUUGGC